GGCGGCGGCAGCGGCGUUAAGUGCCGCGCGUUGUAGUGCAGCACAUUACAGCGGUAUGGCGGGCGAUCAUUCUCGCAGCCUGGGCAAGGGCAGCGCGGCGCCGGGGCCGGUGCCCGAGGGGGUGAUCCGGCUGUACAGUAUGCGUUUCUGCCCCUUUGCCCAGAGGACGCGCCUCGUUCUCCGUGCUAAGGGCAUCAGGCACGAAGUAGUUAACAUCAAUCUGAAGAACAAACCGGACUGGAUCUUUGAGAAGAACCCUGAUGGGCUGGUUCCUGUUCUGGAGACCAGCAAGGGCCAGCUAAUCUAUGAGUCCCCAAUCACUUGUGAGUAUUUGGAUGAAGCAUUUCCAGGGAGGAAGCUGAUGCCUUCAGACCCGUAUGAGAGAGCCUUACAGAAGAUGCUUCUGGAACGCUUCUCAAAGAUAACAUCUGUAAUUUCCAAGGCACUCAAAGAAGGAGGUGAUCUCACAGCACUGACAGCAGAAUUAGCUGAAAAGUUUGGCAAACUUGAUGAGAUUCUUUCUCAGCGCAACACUGUGUUUUAUGGUGGGGACUCCACCUCCCUGAUUGACUACAUGAUGUGGCCCUGGUUUGAACGUCUGGAAGCAUUCCAGCUGAAGGACAUUUCUCCUGCAAGAUCUCCAAGCAAGAGCCCAUUGAGAGACGCUCCCAAAUUAUGUGAAUGCUGGAAAGAAGAAUGACCUCUGGAGCACUUACCUGCUACACGAUUUUGCAGGCAAGCCCCAAGAUAUUGAACCAACAUUCAAGAAGUAGCCUACUGCAGAAGCCUGACUAAAACUGUCCUUACAAAAACCAUAGUUUUUGCAUAAAAAACAAACACAGAAAUGAGUUAGAUCAGCAUGCUGAACAUCAGUUUCCAUGGGUCAGAUUUCCUCUCUCUGUUACUCAUUGCCACAUAAGGAGGGUUGCAAGCACAGACAUACCUCAGAGGCUGCAGAGGCACACAGGAGCCCUUACUAUCAUGGAGAGAACCAACCCAACAUGAAAUGGAAGCGCGACACAGAGUUCAGAGUUACUGGCUGUCACUUGGCCUGAAGCAAUCACUCAGGAAGAGCAAACUUCUCUGCUUCUGACCAGACUUCUUCAGUCUAACUUAUACGGAAGGGGAAAAAACAGUUUUUUUCUUCAUAUAUUGUAAUGCUCCAAGCAACAAACAGAGGAAGACAGUUAGGCAGGGAGGGGUUGCUGUUGAGCUCUAUGUAAACAAGGACGGCUCCCUGGGCAGGCACAGGUACGCAGCUUCCCUUGUGCAUGCUGCUGGUACAAACACCAAAUGCUGAUAUGUGCGCACCCCAGUCACACAGCAAACGCAGAAUCAUCCACCAGCAGGGAGCUGAGUCCUCAGAGCUUCAUUACUACUGACAUUGGCUCUCUGACCUCUUACUACUUCUGUGGCAAUCACACUUAACGUAUCUUUUUUUCCAUGUGGGAGCAGUAUGAAGCAUCUAUUGUGCUAAAAACAAGGCUUUCCAGUUUCCGUGCCUAAUUUUCAUUCUCUGCUUUUCCCCAAGGACUGAAAAAAACCCUUUCAAAUGUAUUAAGGAGAACUGGGAGCGCUAGGUUUUAAAACUAGAUGUCUACGAAGGUAAACUGAGUAACUUCAAUCAGAGCUGUAAAAGAACAUUAUUAUCUCCACCAAAGCAAACUCAAAGCCUCACAAAAGCAACCAUGCUUUUAUAAUCCUGUCCCAGCACUCCCUGCCCAGUCCCUGCUUGGCAGCUCACACCAAAUAGCUGUGCCUGAAGGAGGUGCACCGGGUAUGGUUUAGGCCUAUGUAUACUCAUUAAAACCAUGUUAAUAGAAAUGUUCUCUUAAAGACAACACUGGUGCUCAUCUUGCUUGGCCACGUAACACUCUGAUAGCAACACGCCCUACUUUUGUGAAGACUUUAACAUGGCAGCUCUUAAGAGAGCUGCUCCAUAGCAUUACAGAAUCAUCGAGGUUGGAAAAGAUCUCAAAGACCCUCUAAGUCAACUACUGACCCACCCCCACUGCACCCACUAACCGUGGUGCCCCUCACUGCCACAUCUCUGUGUUUUUUGAGAACUUUCAGGGAUGGUGACUCCCUGGGCAGUCUGUGCCAGUGCCUCACCACUCUCUGAGAAGAGAGAUUUAUUUUAUGUUAUUUUCAUAACAUCCAACCUGAACCGCCCCUGGUGCAACGUAAAGGCAUUACCCCUCAUCCUGUGGCAGGUUGCUCCUUUCACUGCAAGCUGAAGAUGUAGAGGCUACAAAAGCUAUGGCUCUUUGAGUCAGUUUUACGGCCCAGGACCUCCAGUACCCCAGUCCUGACCUGCUCCCAUCAGAGCUACAAAUACCAACCGACCAUCUUCAAAAGAAAUACCUGUGCACAGGAACAGCAGCUCAGACAAAACAUUGCUCCAUCUCUCUGUGCCCAUCAGAGAGGGAUAUGGUAUCUCAGAGGAAAGGCAGAAAAGUUUUGUAACGCGAUGAACCACUCUCAAGCCAUGUCACACCAACCACAAAGCACAGUGCUACAUCCUGCGCCUACUGAACACCCCAGAGACCAUCACGGCAUGAGGUCCCACUUCUGCUGGCGCCACCAAGCAGAGGUGGCCCUGGGGUCUCUGUUCCACAGCCCUGCCUGCUGCAGGCAGCCCCAGAGCCGCCGGCCGCUGCUCCUGCCCGGGGAUCCAGGCUGCCACAUUGCGUCCUCGGGAAAGCCUGCCCCGGGGGCCUGAUCCUUCCUGAUGCCCCGCAGGGCGAGCACCGAGAGCACUUUCAGCAAGCGACUUACCCCACAAAGAGCCAUGGGAGAAACUCCACCAACACGCCACUCCUCUUUCAGCAGCUUUUCUCCCCAGAUCAACAUGGGCAAAACGCCCUUCCUGUGCGGAGCAGCUCCGUUUCCUUCGCUUCCCCCUCCGGCUCCCAGCGCCGGGCCCGCUCCCCCCAGCCCCGCACACUCACUGCAGCGCGCCGAGCCGUGCCGGGCAGCCCCCGCCGUGUCCCGCAGCCGUUCCCCACUCACUGAGGUGAGCUGCGGUGCAGGGGGACCCGCCCAGCCUGUCCGGAGCGGGUUUUCUUUCUCUCUUUUUUUUUUUUUUUUUCCUCCCUUCCUCCCCCUCGUUCAAGGCAGCCCCGCCAGCCCUACGAGCCGCGCCGUCCUCCAGCACGCCGCACUUUGCUCCCUGAGCUCCCCGCCGGCUCCCAAAUCAGCUUCCCAGACGGUUUUGUGCAGAGGGCACCGGGGACUGAAAGGAAAUGCGCUCAUUUCGCUUCUCGGAUGUAUUGUGACCUCCUGGUGGUCGCGCCGAGCGUGCGGAGCAAAGACCUCCCUUCCUCCCGGCUCUGACGGAGCGGAACGAGGGGAUCCCGGGACCGCUGUGCUGCUGGCACGGCUUAAAGCCGGCACAAGUAGGACAUCGUGCAUCUGUGUGCCCGAGGUGCUACCCUGGAGGGGUGGGGAGCCGGGGCAGAGCCCGCUUCACUUAGCCAAUAACAGAGAAAGGCCACCGUCACGGAUUUAAAAAAAAAGGUGGUUUCCAGCACUACUCUACUAAAGCACUGCUGUGCUUAAAUGGCUCCUUACAAACCUAGCAAGUUUGCUCAACUCCUAUCACAGCCCAAAGGAAACAGGUUUGAGCAACAGCUUGGUAACGUCUGUCAGAGCUGUGGGAACUUUACCGUACCCUUCCUCUCCCGCAGCGCUGUGAUGACUCUUACACUGGGAUGGAUGUUGCACGUUCUCCUCCGCUGCUGCCUUGAUUUUCUAAGCUCAGUUGGCAGAAGGGCUGCGUGCAGUGGGAGUCACUGUUGCCUCUGCAGUAUCAAAUGCAAGGCACGGCUUUGCACGGAAGGCAGCUGCUUGCUAAGUUGUAACAAGCUGCAAUGUUGAUCUCUUCUUUGAGUUUCCUGAAGUCCUUGCAGAACUAAACAACAGUUCUAGUGCUAUUCAAAGGGUCUGUGUUUGUAAAUUGGCAUGGAUGGGCACGGUUCCCUCAGUGUCUGAAUCAAAUUUAUUCAGGUUUGUUGGCAACCUGGGUAUUGUUAGCACAUUCCUUUCCCAUUAUGCUGUAGUGUAAGAAAAUCAUCUCUCACAGGAGCAGUGUGGCAUCUCCCCGCUUUUGCUGCAGGACCCAGCCUGUCUCAGAGCAGCGCUUGUUUCCCCUGGGAACUAUGCAGUAGCAACAGGAGAGAAAGCAGAUCCUGCUCUAAGAUUGCAAAUAUCCAUCACCUAAGCUAAGGGAAAACAUCUAUUAAGUACCACCUGCAGAAAGCCUGAUAAGGUGGUAAUUACCAAUUCUGACCACACGUGCGCACACAUGUAUAUAUGCAUAACACACAUUGAACAAUACAAAUCACUAUAGGUUAGAGGGCUGUGGUUUACAUUGAUCUAAAUAUUCCUGGGAUACAACAGAUGAGCAGUGCACCAGAGAAAAGAUUUGAACACUUUCUAAAAAGGAAGGCUCACAUCUUGUAGCAGAAAUGCUGUCACAGCUUGAAGCACUGAUUGAGCACCUGGUGGGAGGGCAGGGCCAACCCAGGGGGGGCACAGGUGCAAGCAACAGGUGCAAGUAAUGCCCCUGGGUGACUGGAAGGGGUGGAGCCAGGAUCUGAUCCUUCCCAGACCUCAUUUAAGGGUUGGCAAUGGAAGGGAGGGUUUUUUGAUGGAGAACCCUGUGUAUUUGAGAACUUCUUAGGGUAAGCAGCUUUUUUCCUUUGUCAUUGUAUCUAUGCCUGUUGUAUUGAGUGCGUCUUUACUUUCUGUAGCUUAGGAAUUUGUUUUUCUGUUAUUGUUGUUAUGCUUCCCAUCAUGUUAUAGCACUGUGUAUCUCAACAGAUGUUAUUACGUAUUCAGCGUACUCUUUCCCUUUCUAAGGUGGUGUAAGUUUAUGGUAAUGUUAAACGUGUAAAUAGAAAAGUCAAACCAAGA